GAUAUAUCUUGUGUAACAAUACUUGUAAACUUGACUUGUACCUCAAGUCCUUGUGCAUAUAAAUAGAAAUAGAGGGAGAGGAGGCGUGCCAUCGAGCAGCCCAUUGUUUCAUGGUAUCAGAGCGGGUCAUCCUCCCCGCCGCCUAAACCCUCUCCCUCCCUCUCCAAAAACCCUAACCCUAGCCGUCAACCUCCCUCACCUCUCCCACCAUGACUCCCGAAGAGAUCGCCGCCAAGGAGCGCGAGCUCGAGGCUCGUGCCAAAGCCCUAGAUGACCGCGAAGCCUCCAUCAACCAGCAGAUCCUCGCCGCCACCAACGCCGCCGCCGUCUCCCUUCCGGCUGGCCAAACCCCUUCCCCAAACCCUAACCCCACCGAACCCACCACCACCAGUCCCUCCACCUACGCCACCUCAAUCAAACUCCACGUGCCGAUCACCCUCAGCCUCACCGACGGCAACUACACAAGCUGGAGGGAGCUCUUCCUCGUCGCUCUCGGCCGCUACGGCCUCACCGCCCACGUCACCGGCGAGGCUACUCCCUCCGACACGUCUGCCACCUCUGCUUGGGGCCGUGAUGACUACACCGUGCUCUCCUGGAUCUACGGCUCUAUCGACACCGACCUCCUCGGCAUCGUCAUGCGUCCCGGCUCCACCCCGCUCACCAUCUGGGACGCCAUCGAGAAUCUCUUCCGCGACAACAAGAAGCACCGCGCCAUCCAGCUCGAGGCCGACUUCCGCAACACGCCACAGGGCGAUCUCUCCAUCAGCGACUACUACGCCAAGCUCAAGAACCUCGCCGACUCCCUCACUGACGUCGGCCAGCCCAUCAGCGACGAAACGCUGGUUCUGACGCUCCUCCGAGGCCUUAAUGACACUUACGCCCAUCUGCGUUCGUUUCUCCCCUUUCAGGUGCCGUUCCCCUCGUUUCUUCAGACGCGCUCCGCCCUCAUCCUGGAAGAAACCCAGCGACGCACCGACGCAAGCAACGCCGCCUCUACUGCACUCUGGGCCAUGGGCCAGAGCGUGCUGCCCAACAAUGGGGGCGCCCGCGCCCCUCCUUCUGGCGAUCGAUCAUCGCCUGCUCCCUUCGGGGGCUCAUCGCCUGCUCCCUUCGGGGGCGAUCGCGCCGGCGGCCGCGGCACCAACUACUUCACCAACACCUUCCGCGGCGGAGGCCGCGGACGCGGCAGCGGACGAGGACGUGGGCGCGGCCGCGACAACCCCUGGCAGUUCAAUCCCUGGACGGGGGCCCCUACUCUCGCGCUCACCGACGGCAUGGCAGCCGCCGUCCCCGGGCCUCCUCGGCCCGCGCCCCGACGAUGA